UACAAGUGCAAGCAUUUUGUGAAAACCUUUUUGUGAUCCGAAAAACGUAGCCUGGUGUGGCUUUAGAACAGAACAAUUACUGGUUGCGAAGGGAUAAAUAAAGCACGGGAGCGAGCGAAACGUGUAAAAGAGCACGUCGUUAUUUCCUUAGGGCCCCGCCCCUGCCCCGUGGAGUGUUUAGGUCGUGUUUACGCUGAACCCAGCGCGUCUCUCGGUCUGACGCGGAGCUGAUACCAGCUGACCUGGCGACCCGAGCUGAACCCUUAAGAGGGACGAAGACACGAACACAGCCCUGACUGACUCGGAGCUUUCAUUCGGCGGCGAUAUCGCAGCACGACCUUCUCCUGGCAUGCGGCUCGUUUUAAACCGAGGGGGAGGUAAAGAUCUUCAAGACGGCAACAAAGAGUUUGUUGAGUGCCAACGUUUUAGAAGACCUGUGAGUUUGUCUUGUGAUUCCAAAUAUUACAAUACGGCCCAGACCUAAAGGGCAAAAAGCAUGAAGGAUCAACAGACAGUGGCAGAACAGACAGGGAUGUACCCUCAUGAAAUAACCGAUCCAAUCAGUCAGGAUGGAACUAUGUCCUUCACAGAAGAAACGGUGUCCAUAUUAACAUCCAGCAGCAUGCUAGCCCGCUCUUUUCUCAUCCAUCCCAGAGGUCUGAAAGACCAAGAAAGCUCAGAGACUGACAGCCGCAUCACUCUGCGUCGCAAGCGUGAGUGUAUCCCUGCCGAAAAAAACCAAGGUUACUGGGACAAGCGCAAAAAGAACAAUGAAGCUGCCAGGCGUUCGCGCGAGAAACGCCGCAUCGGCGACAAGGUGGUAGAAAGCAGGGUUCUGGCUCUUCUUGAAGACAAUGCACGUCUGAAAGCUGAAUUACUGGCACUUAAGUUCAAGUUCGGUUUGAUCAAAGAUCCCACAGAUUCACCAGCACAGAUCUGCUCCUUUGAUCCACAUAACCAAACGUCUCCAGCAAUACCCUACAACCGCUCCAGUACAAACUUACAACCUGCUUUUGCUCACGCAUCGUCAAUCUCACAGCGCGGCGGUCCGGAUGGGGCACAAAACUACGGGUUCUUCACGCCUGGAGGGUCAACUAUUAGGAGCCCCGAGCUUUCAGAUGAUCCUACAGGUGAACAUAUCCGAAAAAACCCAGUUGAAGAGCCAAGCGGUAUUACAGCGGUGGAAACAAAUUCAUUAGUAUGCCAAACGAACAAUAUGAAAGGUCUUCCUCAUAAACUGCGUUUCAAGACUCCGUGUGGAACCGAAGGUGCCGAUGCUGAAGUCCUUCUUCCAGUGGAGAACACUUCACAGUCUCGGUCUACAGGGGCUUUAUGGAGGCCACAAACGCACACAACGCCACGUUCAGCGGCACUUCAGAAUAACCCAUCAAUUCACGGGCGUAGAGAAAGUCAAAGUGUUAUUAGAGUUCAGAUCAGCGCGUUGACUGAAGAAGUGGCCCAGUUAAAGAAACUCAUGUCUCAACAUCAGCUCUCUAAAGUGAACUGAAAUCAUCCUUCCCACCUGUCUUCUGACCUAUUCAAAGAAAAGAAGCCCAUUUUUCUGAUUGUAACAGACAAAUAUAAGAAGCCAGCUGGUUGUUCACUGGAACAGCUGGCAAUUUAAGUGAUUUUUAAUUUAUGUGAACGUUUCAUAUGUCUGUCUGCUUCACUACAUGCAGGAUGAAGUGAAAAAUGUGAAAAGCUCUGCUGUCUUCGGCGUCUACUGGUGUGGCAUAUGGUGCUUUGUUUAAGUUAAACCACACCGGCAGCAAUAGACCUUUACAAAUGGCAAUUAAAUCUAAACCUUUUUCUGUA